AUUCCAGCAUGUCGGAGGGGGAGUCCCAGUCAGCUCUCAGCAGUGGCUCUGACCCAAAGGUAGAAUCCUCCUCCUCAGCUCCUGGACUGACAUCCGUGUCCCCUCCUGUGACCUCCACAACCUCAGCUGCUUCUCAGGAGGAAGAAGAGGAAAGUGAAGAUGAGUCCGAGAUCUUGGAAGAGUCCCCCUGUGGACGCUGGCAGAAGAGGCGUGAAGAGGUGAAUCAGCGGAAUGUGCCGGGCAUCGACAGUGCCUACCUGGCCAUGGAUACGGAAGAAGGCGUAGAAGUGGUGUGGAACGAGGUGCAGUUCUCAGAGCGCAAGAACUACAAGCUGCAGGAGGAAAAGGUCCGAGCUGUGUUUGAUAAUCUGAUUCAGUUGGAACAUCUCAACAUCGUCAAGUUCCACAAGUACUGGGCUGACAUUAAAGAGAACAAGGCUAGGGUCAUCUUUAUCACAGAAUAUAUGUCUUCUGGGAGUCUUAAGCAAUUCCUGAAGAAGACCAAAAAGAACCACAAGACUAUGAAUGAGAAGGCCUGGAAGCGCUGGUGCACUCAGAUCCUUUCUGCUCUGAGCUACCUGCACUCCUGUGACCCCCCCAUCAUCCAUGGGAACCUGACCUGUGACACCAUCUUCAUCCAGCACAACGGACUCAUCAAGAUUGGCUCUGUCUUUCAUAGGAUUUUUGCUAAUGUGGCUCCUGACACUAUCAACAAUCACGUGAAGACUUGUCGGGAAGAACAGAAGAAUCUCCACUUCUUCGCACCAGAGUACGGAGAAGUCACUAAUGUGACAACAGCGGUGGACAUCUACUCGUUCGGCAUGUGUGCCCUGGAGAUGGCAGUGCUAGAGAUUCAGGGCAACGGGGAGUCGUCCUAUGUGCCACAGGAAGCCAUCAGCAGUUCCAUCCAGCUGCUGGAGGAUCCCUUACAGAGGGAGUUCAUUCAAAAGUGCCUGCAGCCUGAGCCCACGCAGAGACCCACCGCCAGAGAGCUUUUGUUCCACCCGGCACUGUUUGAAGUGCCCUCGCUUAAACUCCUUGCUGCUCACUGCAUCGUGGGACACCAACACAUGAUCCCAGAGAAUGCUUUGGAGGAGAUCACCAAAAACAUGGACACCAGUGCUAUACUGGCUGAGAUCCCUGCAGGUCCGGGAAGAGAACCGGUUCAGACUCUGUACUCUCAGUCGCCAGCUCUGGAAUUGGAUAAAUUCCUUGAAGAUGUCCGGAAUGGCAUCUAUCCCCUGACGGCCUUUGGGCUGCCUAGGCCACAGCAGCCACAGCAAGAGGAGGUGACCUCACCUGUGGUGCCCCCCUCUGUCAAGACCCCAACACCUGAGCCAGCUGAGGUGGAGACCCGCAAGGUGGUGCUGAUGCAGUGCAACAUCGAGUCCGUGGAGGAGGGUGUGAGGCACCACCUGACGCUUCUACUGAAGUUGGAGGACAAACUGAACCGACACCUGAGCUGUGACCUGAUGCCCAACGAGAACAUCCCCGAGUUGGCCGCCGAGCUGGUCCAGCUGGGCUUCAUCAGUGAGGCUGACCAGAGCCGCCUGACCUCUCUGCUCGAGGAGACCCUGAACAAAUUCAAUUUUGCCCGGAACAACACCCUCAACUCGGCGGCCGUCAGCGUCUCCUCCUAGAGCUGGCUCGGCCAGGCCCUCCACUCCGCUGCGGCCGCCCAGCCCAGCCCUCCCUCUCCCCAGUCAGUAUUACCCCAUGAGGGCCCCCUCCUCCUCGUUCAGGAGGGCUCAGGGGCCGCCUGGUUCUGAGCAUCACUCUGCUGCCCCUCCGCCUCGCCUCCCCUCUGCACUUUGUUUACUUGUUUUGCACAGACACGGGCCUGGGCCUUCUCACUCAGCAGCCGCCUUCGCCUUCUAGCAGGGACCCCUGCCCGGGCGGCCCUGACUGGCGGCCAGAUGCCGGGCGGAGAGGAGCAGAGCGGGGAGGGUUGGAGAGGAGGGUGGUGCUGCCGUGGUGGCCCUUGGGAGGGGGGCCGUGCGAUUCGCCUCAGUUGCUGCUGUAAUAAAGAUCUACUUUUUGCUAAA